AGCCAAAACCUACAUCAGUGUGAAACCAAUCUGAAGAAAAGCUGGAGGAUGUGUUCUCAGCUAACUGUGAGGUGUAAUCUCCAGCACGUCGUGGGUCUGCCCCCAGGGCCCUGUCUCAGUUUCAUCUCUGGCUUGUCCUGUGAAGUUUUCAGUUGCAUUCAUCUGCAGUGAGUCUGGAGGUGAUGGCUGAGCUCCCGUCUGGAUUGUUGGAAGCGUGCCUCGUGGUGGGAGCCCCGAGUGAUAAACUCAAGGACACAUGCCAGAACCUCAACCACUCUAGCCAGUCAGCAGAACUGCCCUUUUUGGAAGCUGAGGUGCUGCAGGUCCACAUCCCACCGUUUGUAUCCAAGGAGAGCAACGCGAACCAUGUGAUCGGUCCUGCCUUCAGCCGCGUACAGCGGCGGAGAAGUUUCAUCAAGAAGAAGAGGCGAGAUCGCUCGACAGACACUCUAAAAAAUGGGGAAACAGCCAGCCGUGCUGAAACCUCGGGAACGACGGAGGACAUCAGUGUGCCGAAGGAUCUGGACCUGAUUGCUCUGCCUCAACUCUGUUUCCCUGGUGGUCUUCAGUUGUCCAGGGAGCAGCGAGAGGACAGUUAUCACUUCCUGGUCUUCACUGACCUGUUUGGUAAUCGAACCCAUGGAGUUGUGGCACAGUACUACAGAGCGGUGCAGACGUCCCCAGAAGUCUCCACCCACAAUGGAAACCGAUACAACUCAUCAAAGAGUCGGCUCUUCGCGCCUUACGCUGUGUGUGUCAUCUCCAAGUUCCCUUACUACAACGCUUUGAGAGACUGUUUGUCAUGUCUGCUCGUCCAGUUGCGGCCUGCAAGACAAGUGGAGGAGACAAUAAAAGAGUUCUCAGCCAAGCUGUCCCUGGUCCCUCUGCCCCCACCCGGGCAACUACACGUGUCCUUUAGCCUCCGUCCACUACAGAUCGUGCUUCCGUCCAAGGAAGACCAGGACAGUCCUGUGAUUGACAUCGACCUGCAUCUUCCAUUUCUGUGUUUCACCCACAAGGUCCUUUUACAGAUCCUGUCGAGCCUUCUCCAAGAACAGCGACUAGUUUUCUUCUCAUCAGACUGGGCCAGGCUCACACUUGUGGCGGAAAGUCUGCUGCUGUAUCUGCGGCCGUUGAACUGGCAGCAGCCCUAUGUUCCUGUGCUGUCGAGAGGAAUGCUGGACUUCCUGAUGGCUCCUACGGCCUUCCUGAUGGGCUGUCACAUCAGUCACUUUGAGGAAGUAGUAGCAGAAACAGAAGACCUAAUUCUGGUGAAUGUGGAUGACGGCACGGUGAUGUCAUCAUCCUAUGAAGCUGUAAAUAUCCCUGCAAUCCCACUGUCUGCUGCCGAGUGCCUCAUUUCAAGAGCUGAGAGUCUCCAGUGUCACUACGAUUUGGAAAUGUGUCACCUUGGGGUUGGCACUGAUGUCAAUACCUUGCGAAGUCACCGAAGAGAUUGGCAGAACAGACUCAACAGGCAGAUAAAAAACAUCCUCCUGGAGCUGCUGGUCAACAUCUUCCGAGACGUCCAAGACUUCCUUAACUAUGAGCACCGCGUUUUUAACAGUGAGGAAUUCUUGAGGACCAGGGAGCCGCAGGAGCAGUGUUUUUACAAGAAGGUGUUAGAGACACAUAUCUUUCACUCAUUCCUGCGAGACAGGCUCAACAGGAAACAGGACAGCUUCAACCGCAUGGAGCAGAACACGCGUCACCAUGUACACAAGAAUCGAGCAAUGACCGAGUUGAGUCGACGGCCAGCCAUGACGGAUCUCUUCAGGAACGGCUACAGCAGCUACACAAGCCCAAACAGCCGACUGAGCAAGAAACUCGGUGCCAGCAUGCCAAACCUGGAUGUUGCUACCAAUGAUGUGAUGCCUACCAAUGUCACACGACCCACUUCUCUCAAGAAGAUGACCCCAGAUAUCGGGUUGAAGUCCCCUCAGAAAUCGGUGGUGGUCUUCCGGCUACCAGAAUUCCCACCUCCACUGGCAUAUCAUUACGUCCAGAACUACUAUUCAGACAUGGUGGCCUCUCUGGCCAGGGCCAUUAAUGUGACCCCCCCCGAGGAAUCCGCUCUUCUCGCUAGGUAUCACUACCUGCGUGGUUUGGUGAACACAGUGUCUAACAAGCGUCUGGAUGCACUAGAAGACUUCCAGAGUCUUUAUAAAACCGACUCUGAUAUCUUCCCUUCCCAAAUGGUGAAGUCGCUGGUGGACUCUUUGACCGAGGCUGAACGAAUACAGGCUGGCAAACACACGGACGUCAAGCGGCUCAUCAGUCGUGUCAAGAGGGACCAGGAGCGAGAGCGGAUGCAGCCUGGCAGUGAUAAUUUAGACGGUGCAGUCAAGCGUUUCCAGCUGCCCAAGAGGUUCCUGCUGCUUGAGGACUUUGUGAAAUGUAUUCAGGAGUCUGGUAUUGUCAAAGACCAAGGAACCAUUCAGAGACUUUUUGAUGCUCUCACUGUGGGUCAUCAAAAGCAGGUUGGUCCAGAAUUGUUUAAGGAUUUCUACACCAUCUGGAAGGAGACAGAAACUGAGGCACAAGAGGUGUUUUUACCACCUUCAGUUUUGGAGCACAUUGAACAAAGCGAGUGCGUCUUCAAGCUGUCGUCUUCAGUCAAGACGAGUCGAGGUGUGGGGAAGAUCGCCAUGACGCAACGCAGGCUUUUCCUGCUCACCGAUGGACGACCUGGUUACAUUGAGGUGGCCCAGUACCGAGAUUUGGAGGAAGUCAAGGUUUCCUCCACUCCCUUCCUUCUUUUGCGGAUUCCCAGUCUGAAACUGCGUGUUCGAGGACGAAAAGAUGCAUUUGAGGCCAAUUUGAAAACUGAAGCAGAGCUGUGGAACUUGAUGGUCAGAGAGAUGUGGGCAGGACGAAACAUGGCAGACCAGCACAAGGAUCCCCAGUACAUGCAGCAGGCUCUCACCAAUGCCUUGCUCAUGGAUGCGGUGGUUGGAAGCCUUCAGAGCAGCAAGGCCAUUUAUGCUGCAUCAAAGCUGGCCCACUUUGACCGCAUCAAGAUGGAAGUGCCAACCACAGUUUCCAGGACGACGGUGGAGACACUCAAACACAAAAUUAAUCCUUGCCUGGAGCUCACUGCACCUCAGUCUGUGGAUGUUCUCCUGUACACACCAGGUCUGCUGUGGGUCUCGCUGAGCAGCGGCAAAGUGAUGGUGUUUGACGCCUCCAGCUGGUCACUUAAACACACUUUUCAUGUUGGAAAUGCAAGACUGAACUGUAUGCUUGAAGUGGACAGAGACCAAGUGUGGAUGGGCUCGGAAGACUGUGUCAUCUACAUCAUCUCCGUGGUGGCCAUGGUCUGCAACAGGCAGCUGACCGAGCACAGGGCAGAGGUCACCGGACUGGCGUUGGACGCAGAAAAAUACAGUCAGAGGGUGGCGUACUCGUGCAGUGCAGAAGGAACCAUCAUGCUGUGGGAUGUCUCAACCCUACAGGUAAAGAAGCAUUUCCGUGUCUCCUGCGAUCGUCUACAGUCCAUCUCCGUCUGCUCUGGAAUGCUGUGGUGCUGUUCGAGGGACAGCAUCAUGGAGCUGUGGAGAAACGGCUCAUUGAAACAUCGACUUAAUCUGCCUGAGCAGCAAAAGGGAUGCACGGUUACGUUCAGCGCUGUGCUCUUGUUAGCUGAGAGAGAGGAGCUGUGGAGUGUGUGUGUCGAUUCUGCUGAAGUGUGUGUGUGGCACAUUAAGGACAACACAAAACCCUUCCAUCGGGUCACACUCCAGGACUGCUCCGGCUGCUACUGUAUUCUACGUGUUAAAGAGCAGGUGUGGGUUGGAGGCUUAGGCAGAAGUUCUACCAAAGGGAAAGUGUAUAUCUUAGACAUGGAGGACCACCAGGUGCUGAAAGAGCUUCACGGUCACAACGACAAGGUGACGGCGCUCUGCUCGGCUGAGGACCGUUACGUGCUCAGCGGCGCGGCCAAGCAUGAUGGGAAAAUCGCCAUCUGGAAGGUGGAGUAGCGAUGAAGGAAACUGGACAAGUGGUAUCAUUUCACUGAUGCACAGAUGAAGGAUGAGAUUUGCUCAUUGUUUACAUUUGAACUAUGAAGAGCUGGAACAAGUGAAGGUUGUGUUGAAGGCAUUUUAUCGGAAAUGUUGUAUUUUAUUGAAGUUCUAAAAUAUGUUGUCUACUAAUAUGAUCUGUAUUGAUGAUUUCGGUUCUUCAGAAGGCAUUCUCCGUACAAGACUAUGUUAUGCAGUGUUCAUAGUUGUACAUAUGGAUAACUUAUUUGCCUUGUAUGUAUUGUAAAUCCACACACAUUGGCUGUCUCACACCGAAUUAGUUACACUAAAGUCAUCUGUCAUGCAGAAGCACCUCACUGUUUCACUGUUUGGGAAUGUUCACACAAACGGGGUGAGUUAUCCACGAGUGUCAGAGGUUGGGUUCAGCGAUCAAACUCAUCUUUUUUCCACUGCAAAGUCAUUUCUCUUAAAGAGUCUUUCACUUUGAACAUCAUUUGAUAUUUUUUUUCCCUUAAUGUUCACUUGUAAAUAUGUCUUUUAUCCAACAGUGCAAUUAUUUACGUUCAAAUGUUCUGCGUUUCAACGUUCCUGAAGGAUCCAAAAUGUUAUUCAAGUGUGGGAGCCACGAUCAAACUGUUACUGUUGAAAGAAACUUUAGACUUUUUAUGGUUUUUGAUGAAGGCACAAGAAAGCAUGACUUUUUACUGUUAUUGAGCAACAUGCAAUGUCUUCACUUUACCUCACAGCUUGUAUGUCAGGACAUUCGGGCCUUUGAAGUUUGAAAAUCAUUUCUAAAAAAUUGUGAAAAUCAUUAACUAGGUGCUGCUUUAGAUGAAGUGCAAACAUUUUUUUAAUCCCCAAUACAUACCUGUUGCUGAGAGUUAGAUCUGAACACCAGGAAUAGCUUUUUAAUCAGCUAUCCCACAAACACGUGCCUUUUUGUUUAUCUGAACUGUAACCGUUUGUUAUGACAAUUCAAGCGCAGAAAAUGUCACUUUGUUGCGCAUUAUCUUUUCAUUUUUGUGCCGUCACAUGAUGUCAUCAUCGAACACCGACUGAUUCCUUUUUUUAUUUGUAACAACUUUUGAAGAGAAGAAAGACGAAUAUUUUGGAAUAUUUUUCCUGUUAACGUGAGUAGCAAUUACAAAAUAUAUUUACUAACUGGAAUGUUCAGAAUUCUCA